AUGAAUCGUUCAAGACCUGCAUUUCUUGAUCAGGAACCCCCUCCUGGUUAUAUUGCGGGGGUUGGAAGGGGUGCGACUGGAUUUGCUACACGCUCUGACCUUGGCGUUACCAAUAGUAGGAAACCCAACAGGACUCGGGAUGGGAGCAGUGACUUCCUAGCUGCAGAAGCAACCAAAGAUGCUGCAGAAGAUGAAAUUGAAGCUGAAAAUAUCUACUCUAUGGUAGAAGAACGCUUGGCAAGCAAGAAGAAAGCUGCCACGGGGUCUAAACAAGAGGCAUCGCAGUCAGCUGUUGGUGAUCAAUUCGUCGACUUGAAACGACAUCUAGCGACACUGACCGAUAACGAUUGGCUAAAUAUUCCAGAAGCAGGUGAUUCUACGAGGAAAAAUAAACGCCAGCGUUUGGAAGCCCAGCAACAAAGGAAAACGUACGCUGCGCCGGACUCAUUGCUCUCUGGCCGCGGCGUAAAUUUGAUGAAAUUGACUGAAGAACGAGAGCGUUUACUGGGCCAUCAGUUGGAUACUGAGUUUGACCAGACAUUGAACAAACAGCAGCGGGAAGUGGACGACUAUUUGCAGCAAUUGAACUCUGAGCCUAUAUCAGUGACGCCCUCUAUGGAUGUGGAUGCACAGGACCUGCCUAAGAUGCGGGCAAUUCUCGCAUCAUACAGGAAGACAGAUCCAACUAAACCUUAUAGUUGGAUUGCUUCGGCUCGGUUAGAGGAAAGGGCACGGCGCUUUCAAGUGGCGAAGGCGAUCAUCGACGAAGGUUGUCAGCAAUGUCCGAAAGAGGAAGACGUGUGGCUGGAAAACAUUAGACUGAAUCAGUCUGAUUUAGCAUACUGUAAAGACCUCGUAGCACAAGCUGUUCAAUUUAAUGUAAGAAGUGAACGACUUUGGUUAAAAGCCGUCGAAUUGGAGCAAGAACAGUUUAACAAGGCGAGAGUGGUACGAAAAGCGUUGCAACAAGUACCUAAAAGUGAGACAUUUUGGAAAAUGGCUGUCCAACUUGAAUCUAACAGGAAUGCCGCAUUGCGCGUUCUUGAGAAGGCUACUGAUCUGGUUCCAACUAGUAUAAGCCUCUGGACGGCACUGAUAAAGUUGCAAGAUCUUGCGCACAAGCGGGAAACGCUAGACAAAGCUAGAAAAGCUGUAUCGGAUAACGAGGCACUGUGGAUUAUCACGGCAGAAAUAGAAGAAGAAUCUGGUACUGCCGACAAAGCUCAAUUGGUAAAAUUACUUCGAGAGGGAAUUGAGUUGUUACGUAAAGGAGACAAGUGUUUGACUUUGGAAGAAUGGAUGGUUCAUUGUAAGAAUAUUGAAGCUGAGAGAUCUUACCCACUAACCAUAAGUGCGCUCUUAGAAGUAGUUCUGGCUGAACAAAGCGCGGACUCGGCCGACCUACUGGCUACUAUCGACGGACUAGGAGAUGACGCUUUCUACACUAAAAAGGAGGCAAUUGCGUAUCUACUCUCAAAAGAACCAUCAAGGCUUUCCAUAUGGACCGCAUUUAUAAACCUAGGCAGAAAAACUGGUAAAAUGAAAGAGAUAUAUGAUGCAUGCGAUAGGCUUCUAUUCGAACAGAAUAUCAUUAAAGAACGCCCUGUGCUGCUGCUCAUAUAUGUCAAGGAGAUCUGGAAACGGCUUAAUGAUGUCCACGGAGCCAAUAAAGUGCUGGAGAGAGGUCUCAAAAUUCUUCCUUCUUACCUAGACUUUUGGUUGGCGAAGAUUAAGCUCCAGAUAGCUAUGUCAAAGAACCAGGAAGCAGAACGUACAUUCAUCCUUGCUAUAAACACUCUUGGCAUAGAUAGCACGACAAAUCUGGAGCGGCUUUGGUACAAGUAUGCUAGCUUUCUAAGGUUUUUGGGAAAGAACAAGCAAGCGGUAGAGAUCCUUAAUGAUGCAAUUGCAAAAUACCCUGCCUGUGAGAAACUGCGCUUACAACUAAGCCAAGUCUACGUUGAAAUGUCCCUCCUAUCUGAAGCAAGAGAAGUUCUUACAAUAGCAUCGAAAGAAUUUCCCAGCCGGCCCAAAUUCUGGGUACAAUUGGCAAAAUUGGAUGAGCAGCAGUUCCAGAAAACGACCAGUGCCCGCUCAGAUCUAGAUUUAGGUCUUCUUAAGAACCCUGGCUCUUGGGAGAUCUACGUCGCAAGAGCCCAGAUGGAGGUCAGAGUAGGAAACAAAAAUCACGCAAUAUUGGUCGUCCAAGAGGGUUUGCGAAAAUGUCCAGAAAACCCUAACCUUUGGUGUCUAAACAUUCAGCUCGUCGAGAAGAAAUCUCUACGUAAAACAAUGUUCCAGCAAGCGUUGAAAAGUACAAACAAUAAUGGUCUGGUCCUAACCGAAAUUGGCAAGAGCUUCUAUAAAGAGGGCCAGAUCGAGAAAGCAUUAAGGUGGUUUCAGCAUGCAACUGAAACCCAUCCUAAGUCGGGUGAUGCAUGGGCGUGGUACUAUAAGCUUUUGAAGCAAACCGAUAAAGAUACCGCGGAAGUUGAAGCACUCGUCGAAGAGCAUGAACCGAAAUACGGCGACCUAUGGAUAUCGGUGUCGAAGGAUGUGAAAACACAGUAUAAAAGCCCUAGUGAUAUCCUAAAAUUAUGUAAUACAUUCAUAUAA